CUCCCGACGCCGCCCCUCCUCCCGAUGGCGCUCCUCUCCUCCGACAGCACUCCCUCCUCCCAGCUCGCGAUCCGUUUCCCGACACCGCUCCGCCGUUCCUCUCCUCGCCGAUCCCGUGACUGGCGCCGCCCGCCGCCAGCUGCUGGCCAUCCCCCGCAUUCAAGGCGGCGCCCUCCCGUUCCUGUCGCCGCUCGCUCCUCCCAUCGCCGUUCCGCGAGUCCGAUCCGUCCUCCCGUCGCCGUCGAUCCCUUUCCGCCUGCCUUACGAUCAGGUAAAGGUUUGGUUACAAUGAAGGGUUUUAACGGAUCAUUUCCUAAUGCUGUGUCAUCUGCUAAGAUAUUUGCUGUUCUUGCUGGUGUUCAAAGUUUGGUAGCCUGCUCUUUGAGAAAACUAUGUGGAAAAGAUGAUAGUUUGUCUUCGGGAAUACGUGCAUCUCAAUUGAAAAUAUUACACUAUCAUUAUUAUCAUAUUUUGCAUGUUAACUAGUUUUUUCAUUCA